AGGAGAGCUGUGUGCUGGCCGCAGCGCCGAUCCCCCGAGGGAGCAAAAGCUUCGAGCUUCAGAACACUUCCUCCGACGCGCCCAAACCCUAGUUAGUUAGCCUAGGAGUAGUGAUAACUACCCUAUUGAUUUUACAGUGCUAAUCACUGCCCGCUGCUGCUGCUGCUGCGGCGGCGUUGUCUGCUGCUCUUGCUGCUGCUGGCGCCGAAACCCUAGCUCUAAUGUCGCAGCAGGAUCCGGCGGCGGCGGGGGCGGGGACGGAGGAGGAGCUGCUGCAGGGGUCUCUCUCGCGGAGCGGCUCCGCCAGCCGCCUCAACGCGCAGGCGCCGGAGUUCGUGCCGCGUGUCGCGGUGGCGCCUGCGCCUGCGCCGCCGCCACCUGCGCAGGUGAUCCACGUGUUCGCCGCCCCGUCUCCGCCGCCUCCCGCGGCCUUCUUCGCGGCGGGUCCGCCCCCGCCCCCGCCGCCGUUUGAAUAUUAUGCGGCUGUUGGUGCUGGCGGUGGUGGUGUGGGGUUCGGUGCUGUCGUGUCGGAGCAUGAGGUGGGGGCCGAGCAAGCGGUGCCGCCGCCGCUGGUCCAGGCGCAGCAGCAGCAGGGGAGGGAAUUGACCUCCGACGACGUGGUGCAUAAGAUCACCAAGCAGGUGGAGUAUUACUUCAGUGAUAUAAACUUGGCCACUACAGAACAUUUGAUGAGGUUUAUUACUAAGGAUCCUGAAGGAUAUGUACCAAUAUCAGUUGUUGCUUCCUUUAAGAAAAUCAAGGCUUUGGUGCAAAGUAAUUCAAUGCUUGCUUCAGCUCUACGAACUUCAUCAAAGCUUGUUGUUACUGAAGACGGAAACAGAGUAAAACGUGAGCAGCCAUUCACAGAAUCAGAUUUGGAAGAACUCCAGGCCCGAAUUGUUGUUGCUGAAAAUCUUCCAGAUGAUCAUUGUUACCAGAAUCUUAUGAAAAUUUUCUCAGCUGUUGGCAGUGUAAAGACAAUCAGAACAUGCUAUCCUCAGACCCCAAAUGGCACUGGUCCAGUUACUAACAGAUCUGCUAAACUAGAUAUGCUUUUUGCCAACAAGCUGCAUGCUUUUGUUGAGUAUGAUACUAUUGAUGGUGCUGAGAAAGCGAUUGUGGUGCUUAAUGAUGAGAGGAACUGGAGAAGCGGGCUUAGAGUUCGGUUGUUGAAUACUUGCAUGGCCAAGGGUGGUAAAGGGAGAAAAGGUGGGCAUGAAACUGAUGGACAUGGUGAGGAGGAUGUUUCCACUUCUGAUCAAUCAAAUGAUAAACAUCCAGAGGAAACAUCUCAACCCUCAGAUGCACUAGGAGAGCAUGUGCCUGAGGAGAGCACUGGAGAUAUGGGCCGAGGGCGUGGUAGAGGCCGAGGGCGUGGAGGGAGAGGCCGAGGGCGUGGGUACCAAAACCAUAACAACAAUCAGUACCUCCACAACAACCAUCCGCAGCAACAUCUCCAGAUCAGCAACCACCAAGGCAACAACCGGAGUGGUGCUCAUCCUGUCGGAACCCCGCCUUCCAGCCACCCAGUCAAGACUGAGCCGCAGCAGACACAGUACCCGCCACCUGCAGGAGCUAGCAAACAGCAUCCAGGGCCACGAAUGCCCGAUGGCACCCGUGGCUUCUCAAUGGGCAGAGGGAAGCCGCAGACGUCGACACCCAGCUUAUGUGCUGCUGAUCAACCCUGAACUCAAAUCACACGAACAGCUUAUCUGCUGAUUGUUAUGAUGUUGAUAGAGGAUUGUGAGAGGCUGACUUCUAGAAGUCUGGUCUUUGGAGUGUCCUUUCUAAUUUAUGGACCAUAAAUGGUUUUGCGCGUGCUGUGUGUACACUCUAAAACACUGGUUUCCUGAUGGCCACCAUUUUGUAACUCUAUUUUUGACCCCCUCGCGCAUUAUGCCUCAUGACUGUAAGAUUGUAGAAGUAAAAUCUUAUGCGGGGAAAGGAAAGGAGAAGAAAAGAAAAGAAUAGCAACAUAAUAAAAUACAGGGAUGUUUGCUGUAUGA